AUGUCGACCCCGCGCCAUCGGUCUUACAACGGAUGUUGGACCUGCAAACGGGUCAGGAGGAAAUGCGACCGAGCCCGACCAGCCUGCAAAGCGUGCAGUAGCCGUGGAGUGCCCUGUGAGGGAUACGAGAUAAGGCUGCGGUGGGGAUCGGGCAUUGCGUCGCGUGGCCGAUUCACAGGCGCCGAAGAGCCAGUGGAGGCUUCUAUUCCUCCUCGAGUCAAGGGCAGACGGCGCGAUCUGAGUCGAGAAAGGCGCCGAAAACCUGCCAAAGUCGCCAAUGGUAAGGCCAAGGCGAAUUCCUCUCAUCUCGAGCCAGUAGCCGAACAGACUGCCGACGUACGAUUGAACGAACAAGAUCGAUUGUUUCAAGAGUUUUGUUCGUCCGGAAUCAAUGUCCUCCAUUCGACCUCGGUCAACGAUGCGCGGAAUCUCCUCCAAUCCAGGCUGCCGAUCUUGUCUCAACAGUCAAGCUCCUUAUACGCAAUAUGUGUAGCACUCCAGGCUUCUCUCACUCCAAAUGUGCAGCCUCGCUUUUAUGAGCAUUUCGAUGUAGCUUUGAAUUUGUUCCGCACAGAGCUGUCAAGCAACGUGACAUACCUGAAGGAUGGGACCUUUACGGCCGGCUUGCUGCUCUGCAGCAUUGGGCUUAUGCAUGCCAUGCCAUGGACGAUGCACUUGCAUGGAAUGUACGGACUCCUUCAGGCACAUGGAUUAUAUGGUCCUGGCGAGCGAACAGAAUUCCGGACACAUUUAUUGGAAGUGAUGGGAGUCAUGGAUCUACCAACGUUUACUGUUGGCCGAAGCACCUCUCUCGGCUUCUGGCGACAACAUUGUCGCGACGGGACUUCCUUGCAGCACCCCCUCAGUGACGAGGUUGAGGUGGUCAGUGGCCUGCCCAGGUCGUUGUUAGAUAUUAUCUCGUGUAUCGGGCACGGGGCUACUGAGGAGGACUUUUGGAACUGGCCCGGUAGCCCGGGUAGUCUAUCGCAGCACCAGCUGUGGGAAGCAUAUCGACUAGCCGGGUUGUUGGCUAUCAGAUAUAACCACCUACUUCUAGUUCCACAACCCAAUGGAACAUUAACCGGAUCGACCGUGCAACCGAACGGUGCCAGCAGCCUGACCUUACCGUCCACUACUGUUCUCGUCUCCCGAAUUGUGAGCCACCUGGACGCCAUUCGUAGAGCAUUUACGGAGACAGAGGGCGCCGGGUCGUUGAUUUUCAACGCGAUCAAAUAUCCCGCCUUUAUCGCAGGGCUACAGACGGACAUCAUCAACGCGCAACCUGAAUUAAAAGAUGUGCUUCGAUGUUGUCUAUCCACGUAUGGCCAUCCACAUGGAUUCGAGAGAGAUUUCGAGCUAUUAUUAGAGGUGCUUGAGGAGUGGUGGGUACACCAUCAUGACAUGGCAAAUGCCCACGAACUCGCUUUGGCUCGUGGAAUGGAGAUUGGACUUCUCUAG